AUGCGAUUCGGCCAAUCGCUGGCGCUCGUGUCUGACGCAGGCAUGCCGGGCGUCAGCGAUCCCGGCGCUGACCUGGUCGCUGCGUGCGCUGAGUCAGCAGUCCCCGUCAGCGUGAUUCCCGGCCCGUCUGCUGCCACCACUGCGGUUGCGGCAGCUGGCUUUCUCACCAACGGCUUCACCUUCUUGGGGUUUCUCCCAGAGCGGUCGGCAGUGCGGCAGCGUCGGCUGCAGGAAGCAGCGGAGGGGGAGGCGAUGCAGGUGCUGUUUGUGGCGCCGCACAAGCUUCUCUCCUCGCUCUCCCACUGCAUCCUCGCCUUUGGCCCGGACCGUCCGUGCCUCGUGGCUCGGGAGCUUACCAAGCUGCACGAAGAGCUGAAUCCUGCCCGCAAUGUUGCGUUUGUCCGCUCUCUUGCUCAGCUGUGGCGAGGGACACUCUCAGAAGCACUUGCGGAGUUCACGGCUCGGGGGCCAAAAGGGGAAUUCACCCUGGUAAUUGAUGGCCUCCCCCGAAAGGACCUGGACGCAUUGCAGCAGACCGGGGAGGAGGAGGUGACAGCUUACCUUGAGAAGCUGAUUCUCGACGGCACACCCCCCUCACAGGUUAGUUCACAUGCUGUUCUUUGA